CAAGUAUUCUUGCUUUUGUGUUCUUGGCAUUUUUACUGUCUCAUGAGAAUACGUUCCACUCACAGACCGUGAAGAGUUACAAGUAAAUCCUACGCAGCUACAGACCAAGUCUUUGCAGCAAAAGUCGCUCCACUCGUCAAGUUCGUGAUGCCUCGGCUUUCUCCGAGGCUACCCGUGCUGGCCUUUCUCUUGCUGAUUUUGCUAGGAGCAGCAACACGUAUUGCAGCUCAAGCAAACACAGUCACGAUUAAUCAAAAUCCUCCUGCUGGUCAUGGUUUGAUUAACAUACCAUGUAGUUUAGAUGGUGAUAAAACAUUCGACAUUUUAACAGUCAUACCAGCAGGUAAUGUAUCAGUCGGAAACUUUACAGUUGUAGGAGGGAAACUGCAAUUAGCUGUAGCAGCUGUGAACAUACCGGAAGGUACAUAUACCAUUUCUAUUUCAUGCAGAGUAGGAUCAGAAACUGAACCUGUUGCGAUAACACUCAUAAGAGUAGAACGGAACCAAUACCCACCAGUACUGGACCAUGCUAGCCACCUGUACUAUACAAUAUCAGAGAAUUCACCCACUGGUACAGUAGUAGCUAAUAUUAAUGUUACUGACAAUGAUGUUGGUACGUAUGGUACUGUAACGUUCACAAUCAACUCUGGUAGCAUCAGCAAUGCUUUUUCUAUCAACUCUCAGACUGGUAUAGUCACGGUUGGAAACACGCUAAAUUAUGUUACACAAAAUGUAUACAAUCUCACAAUACAGGCAGCAAACCCUGCUGAUGUAUUCUCUCCCAGUGUCGUCCAUUAUGUCUUGGUCAAUGUCUCUGUAUCACUGACAGCCGUCCCACGCUUUAACGCAACUCAAUACUCAGCCAAUGUGCCUGAAACAGGGGAAGCAAGAACUGGUGAAGUAUACGAAAGACCAGAGACAGGCUUCAUUACAGUUCAGUGCACUGAUCCCGACACUACUGACAUUACCUAUUCACUGGAAGGUGCGAAUUCUAGCGUAUUUAGAAUCAAUUCAACUACCGGAGAAUUAAUGGUACUCAGUGAUCUAGACUAUGAUAAUGUUAAUACACAGUUCUACGAGUUUAGUGCUGUUUGUUCUGAUGGCGAGAACGCUGACACGGCACUAAUACAAAUAACAGUAUCUCCGGUAAAUGAGCACGCACCUACAGCUACAGUAUAUGCACCAGAUACCAUCCUGCAUGGUGGUGACACCCUGUUCUAUAGUGGACCUGAAACGCAAUUUAACGCUGGAAAAAUUCUCUUAAAUGCAAGCGAUCCUAAUUUUAGAAUAGUCGGCCAUGAUGCUGAUCUUGGUGAAGACGGUGAAGUCACUUUCUCUCUUGUUCCUUCCCUGACCAAUAGCCGUGGUCAGCCAUUCUUCUCCAUCAACGGUUCCACAGGCCACAUGGUCAUAAUAAACUCCAUUGACGUGGAUAGUGAGGGACUCCAAUCAGCAGCCUACAGCUUUCGUAUCGGCCUCUCUGACUCAUCCCGCAAAAUCACCCUAGCCAAUGUCGUUGUAUUUAUGCUAGUGUAUGCUGCCGCCGAUGAAGACCCCAUCUUUUCACAGGCCAGCUACCUUAGGUUCCAAUCAGAAGCAUCUUACACUGGAGUCCAACUCCUCAACAUGACUUGUACUGAUGAUGAUAUUGGUGCAGGAGCCUUUUCUAGGAUAGCAUUCCUUCCACAGGACGAACAGUCACAGAAUCUCUCUGGUCGCUUCAGCCUCAACAGUCAAACUGGGCAACUCUCUUUGAGCAGUCCCCUAGACUACGAAACAGAGCAAGUAAUCACAUUCACUGUAGUCUGCUAUGACACUGCUAACUAUAACGACACAGCUAUAGCUAGGAUCAGUGUUGUACCAGUUAAUGAUGAAGUACCUUACUUCCCAACUGAAAACUACACUUUCCCCGUAUCAAGGACGACUCCAACCAAUUUCUUUGUAAUCGGUCAAGUAAAUGCCAUGGACGAUGACCUUGGCUAUGGAAGCAAUCUCACCUACUCCAUGGAGAGUGAGUAUUUUGUUAUAUCUCCCUCAACUGGAACAAUAUUUCUCACUGGAUCAGUACAAAACGUAGAUGGCAAUGAAAUAGAGCACAUCGUCACAGUUCAUGAUGACGACGCUACUCAUUCUGCCACUACAUACAUCACUUUCAAUAUCACUGAUGGUAACUACCUAGCACCCGAAUUCACGACAAAUUACCCAUUGAUUGAAAUCAGUGAGUUGGAGCCUGUAGGAUCUCCGCUAGUCACUCUAUUCUGUAAUGAUACAGAGGAGGGAGAGAACGGCCGUGUAUCGUACAGUAUAGUAGCUGGUAACGUUGCUUCUUCAUUUACAGUAGACAGUGUCACUGGUGUACUCAGUGUAGCCAGGUCUCUUAUUCUACCACAAAAUACUACGUCAGCCAGUUACCUCCUAGAAGCCCAAUGUACUGAUCACGGUGUACCUCGUCUACAAGACAGCACCAUUGUCCGUAUACAAGUGUCAUACGCCAGCACCGUUAGCCCUGAUAUCAGCAAUGAUACGAUAAUAGCAUUCAUUGACGAGGACGCUAAUGUUAAUGAUGUAGUUGUCUCGAUUACAGCAGUGUACUAUCAGGACAAUCUUAACUUCUUUUUCCAAGAGGAAUCAGUUCCCAAUGCUUUCUUAGUACACUCAUCCGGUACAGAAGGCUCAGUCCUAGUGAACUCUAUACUAGACAGAGAGACAUACAUAUCAUACACGAUGACUGUGGUAGCUGAGGUUAUAACGGAUACGAGUAAAAACGACAGUGCAGAGUUGUUUGUAUAUGUACGCGAUGUGAAUGACAAUGAUCCUUUUUGCACCUCUUCCUCAGAUACUCUACAAAUAUUAGAGACUACCCAAAAGGGGGCAGUUCUCUUUGACUUCAACUGCACUGACUCUGAUGUAGGCCAGAAUGCAAACCUCACCUACUCCCUUUACAACAAUUACGAUAUCUUUGAAGUCAAUUCCGAGGGAGUCCUCUAUCUCUCUGAUCACCUAAAUGCCUCCAAUUUGACAACAUUCCAACUAAUACUAACUGUAUCUGAUCAAGGAUUCACUCCUCGUAGCAUCACUUUCUCUACAAUCCUCAACGUCCUAGCACUCAAUAACUUUGCUCCAUCAUUCACUAAUCUCCCGACUACCAUUGGCCUAGCAGAGUCCACUCCAGUAUUCCAGCUACCAGUGUUCACUGUACACGCCGUUGAUAACGACAGGGGAAGGUUUGGUAUAGUCCGAUAUUCUCUAGUGGGUCAGUCUGGGCUUCCAUUCAUAUUAGUACCCAAUACAGGAGAAUUAUAUAUAAGUAAUAAGCUGGAUCAUCAUGAUACUAAUCAGUACACGCUCAAUGUCAGUGCUAGUGAUGGGGCCAGCACUACAUAUUCAACACUUAUUGUUAAUGUGACUGACAGUAAUGAGCACUCUCCUUCCUGCUCAUCAACUCUCUUUGCCCGGGUCAUACUAGAGGGUCUGGAGCCAGCUAGUGUAGAGUCCAUACCUCUUGGUUGCACUGAUGAAGAUAGAGGAACAUAUGGUGACCUUUCUUAUGAAAUAACAUCAGGUAAUACUAACAACGACUUCAGUGUUAGCAGUAGCGGAUCAGUCAUGACUAACAGGGCGCUUGAUUAUGAGUUAGCACAAUCUUAUGAGCUCAUAGUGAGAGUCUCUGACGGAGGAGACAGAUCCAUUGACGUUACAGUAAGAAUAACUGUCUCACCAAAGAAUGAGCAUAGUCCUGUUAUUCAUAACGGUCCAUUUAAUGUGACGCUGGUUGAAAACACGGACAUUGGUCACACAGUUUUCGUUGUUAAUGGUACGGAUGAGGACCAAGGGGAUGAUGGUUCUCUGGAGUAUAGUUUGAGCCCACAGCAGACAGCAUUUGGGAUUACCAAUGGAGGAGAGCUGAUAGUUACUGGAGUCAUUGAUCGGGAAAAGAAGAGCUCUUACUCUUUUAGUAUAAUAGUUAGAGAUAGUGGCUCUUCUGUAAUGUCUGCAUCAACGACAGCAUCAAUAUCAAUAUCAGAUCAAGAUGAUUCGCCUCCAACUUUCACUCAAUCACUUUACGUUGAAUCAGUGUCAUCAGAAUCAGCCGAAGUAGGGGAUACUGUUGCAUCAACUCGGUGCACUGAUCCCGAUCAAGGAGAUAACGCAGAUUUGACUUACUCGAUCAUUUCAACCGGCUCCCAUUCAUCGUCUUAUUUCAGUAUAAAUACUAACGGUGAUGUGGUGAUAUCAUCCACAUUACCAGUGAGCUCAGUUUACUCAAUCACAGUUCAAUGUUCUGGCCUCCUCAAUCCUAAUCUAACAGACACAGCAGUUGUGAGUCUCACCAUUCUUAUACAGAGCAACAUAACAUUUGAUAAUUCUACCUACAUGAGUACAAUAAGUGAAGACACUCAACCAAUAUAUUCUAUACUUACUGUCAAUGCCUCAUCAAUCUCUGGCUCCUCUCUAUCCUAUUCUCUCGUGUAUUCAUCCACAGUAUUUCAAAUAUCGUCAUCAUCUGGUGUGAUCUCUCUAAUCAGUAAACUAGACUAUGAGACUCAGCAGUCAUAUGCACUCAUUGUUCAGGCAACAGAUAGCGGGACCCCACCUAACACUGGUCAAGUAGCAGUCAAUAUAUUUGUUGAAAAUGUAAACGAUAUGUCUCCGGUAUUCACUAACGCAACGUCCUCAGUCUCCAUAAAUGAAGGUCAGGAGUACAGUCUGCCAGUGGGCCAGUUUGAGUGCACUGAUGGAGACUUUGGGCCCUUUGGUGAAGUGACCUACAACAUAACAAGUGGAAAUAGCAAUGGUUUAUUCAGUAUUGAUGAAACUGGUGGGCAGCUGCUGUUAAUGGGUGAGGUUGACUAUGAGACAACACAAUCAUUAACGUUACAAGUAACAUGCACUGACGGUGGUCAAGCGAGUCAGUCUACACUAGUAUCAGUCUCUAUACAGCCGGUAAAUGAAGUACCACCUGUAUUCACAUCAACAGGUGUAGUAUCGCUCACUGUAGCGGAAUCACUUAUAGUACCAACACUGAUAACAGUUAAUGAUGAAUUGGAAGCUACAGAUGCUGAUCUGGCCCCCCAUAAUCAAGUAUGGUAUACUAUAAGUGCUGGUAAUUCGGACUCUACUUUUGCCAUAUCCUCAACUGGCGGCGACCUCACUCUCAUAAAGGAGCUGGACUAUGAAACAAGACAGUCUUACACACUCACAGUUCAAGCCGAUGACAGUGGCGGAGCCUCCAAUCCAACCUACACUGUUUUAAACUCUACGCUAACAGUAGAUAUCAUAGUAACUGAUGCCAAUGACAAUACACCUACAUUCUCUAAAAGCGUCUAUGUUGGAUCAAUAUCAGAAUCAGCUCUCAAAGGAGAUUACGUUAGCAUGGAUCCACUCAAUUGUACUGACAGGGACUCAGGUGUAAAUGGAGAGACAACACUCACUAUAAUCAAUGGUAAUGAUAACUAUGCUUUUCAAGCACUAUCAAACGGUAGAAUCAGUGUUAACAAUACACUUGAUUUUGAAUCAGAAUCAUCAUAUAUACUGACCGUUCGAUGCUCCGAUAGUUCCCAGUCUCCUCGUGUUGUCGAUGUCACUGUUAUCAUCAAUAUUGAUGAUGUAUCAGAGUUUGGUCCUGUUUUUCAAAUGUCCUCGUAUGAGUUUUUCGUCAACGAAACGGCACUACCAGGGACAGUGGUGGGUCGAGCGGUUGCUGUUGAUCAGGACACUGGAUCAGCUGGUGAAAUAACAUACACACUCACCAAUUCCAGUGAUGUACCAUUUGGAAUCAGCACAACUAACGGCGAUAUCUUUGUACUGGUACCAUUAGAUUACGAGACGGGGCCUAGUGUAUACAAUCUCAGGAUAUCAGCUUAUGACUUUGUAAAUCAAUCUGAUUCCACUGUAGUAGCCAUUACAGUACGUAAUAUUGAUGAGUCAGCUCCUACAUUCCCAGCCUCUAACUACUAUGGUACGAUAAGAGAGAGUCUAUCGCCAGGUACUGCAGUGUCUUUAGUUAAUGCAAUCAGUUGCUCUGAUCCUGAUGAUGAAGCUGAUAACAUUCCUCCAUCAUUCUCAUUAACAUCGUCUACUAAUGAGCCCCUACCUCCAGACUACCCAUUCAACAUACACCAGGCAACAGGAAUACUAACAUCACUAGCUACGCUUAACCUUGAAGCUACCAGCAGAUACACAUUCAGAGUACAGUGCAGGGACAGUGCUGGUAAUUCAGCCUUUGCUGGUGUCACUAUUGACAUUACGCCUUUCAACGACUUUGCACCAGUGUUCAGUAACACGCCAUACUCACACACAAUAACUGAAGGGCUACCUCUCAACUCACUAAUAUUCACAGUAUCAGCUACAGACUCUGACAUAAUGAGCUACAAUGCUAUCACGUACGGUAUAGUAGCUGCCAGUAAUCCUGAUGGACGAUUUACAAUAGAUACGACAUCUGGAGCUAUCAGAAAUAUACAAGACAUUGACUAUGAAGAGCAAACGUUUUAUUCGUUAAACAUAUCAGCAACUAAUGUCAUACCAGUCUCUGAUAACAGUGGAUCACAGUCCUUAGCAUCAUAUGAAAUAUUAUCCCUAACUAUUAAUGAUACUAAUGACAAUAGUCCAAUUAUCACUCCUCCUGCCGCUUCAGCUCUCAUUACAGUCGAUGAUCCCCCAGGGACUUUUGUGAUAACAGUCUCCUGUACUGAUGCAGAUAGUGGAGCCUAUGGUAACACCACUCUAUCCCUAUCGGGUUCCAAUGCUGGUAAUUUCGAGCUCCUUGCUAAUGGUACUAUAAUCACAGCAGCUGAGAUAUUAGACACACAGAUAUUGUUAGUGAACUGCACUGAUAUGGGUUCACCACCUCGCUCAACAAUAGCACAGAUCACAGUAUCCUCUACCUCCACUAAUGACUUUCCUCCAGCUUUUAAUGAGACUCUUUAUGAGUUUUCUACACCAGAGAACACUACAGUGGGUGAUAGUAUCGGGUGUGUUACUGCCAGUGAUGGAGACAACCCAUUAACACCAGAUGGAAUGAUAACCUAUACGUCCAUUAGCAUAGCAGGGGCUGAUCACUUUAGAGCGGACGCGACAACAGGUUGCAUAAUAGUAGUAUCGGCUCUAGACUAUGAUGACGACAAUCAAUACACGUACAGUAUAAGGGCUGAAGAUGCUGGAGUGCCCAGAAGACAUACCCUAACAACAGUAGUCAUAUACAUUACAAAUAUUGAGUUUGAUGCACCAGAGUUCUCAAGCUCUGUGUACAGCCGUGAAAUGUCAGAAGGUUCUAGUGUAGGAGCAACAGUAAUACAAAAUGCAAGAUGCACAGAUAGGGAUGAUGAUGACAUUAUUACAUAUACACUAGAGGCUGGUAAUGAUGAUGGUAUAUUCAGUGUUAACAGCAGUACGGGUGUUAUUACACUCGCCUCAGGCCUGGACUAUGAAACAGCCAUACUCCACACGCUAACAGCAAGAUGUACUGAUAAUACUGGCCUGUAUGAUGAAGUGAAUGUAACUAUAACAGUAACACCAGUGAAUGAACAUACACCUUAUGUAGUAUCAGCAUUAGUGAGUAUAAAUGAGGAAUCACCUGUAGGUACACCUAUCACUAUUAUUGGUUAUACUGAUCUGGAUGAUGGAAUUGAUGGGGAGGUCACUUUUGAGAUAGUUGACAGUGUCCUACAUAAUCAGCUAUUCACAAUAUCAGACCAUACACUGAUACUCAAUGAUGUGCUUGAUAGAGAGUACAGAGGAAGAUAUGAUCUCGCGAUACGUGUUACUGAUCGUGCUCAAAUCAGUCGUAGCUCCAUUGAUUUCGUUAACGUAUCGUUAACUGAUAUCAAUGAUAAUGCUCCCUCACCCAGUCAGUCAAUAUAUACUCAAGCAAUCAAUGAAGAUACAGCAAUCAAUGCCACUGUGCUAACUGUUAGUUGCGAUGAUGAUGAUAUUGGUGAUAACGCUGUCAUCGAUUACACCAUUUCAGACGAUAACAAUCUCUUUAACAUUGACACUAGCGGUGUUAUCUCAGUCAAUUCUAAUCUUCGUUUCAGACCCCGUGAUGUCCUAGCAUUACAAGCAAUAUGUAGUGACAGAGGUCAACCAACCCUGAGCACUUCAGUACCCGUCACUAUAUCAGUUAGUAGCAUCAAUGACUACCCACCUGUGUUCAAUGUCUCAUUAGCAUCAGUCACACUGCCUGAAAACACAAGCAUUGCUGUACCAUUUAUUAAAGUCAAUGCAUCAGAUAAUGACAUUGGACUAAAUGGUAGAAUCACUUUUAGUCUCAUCGAUGAUUUCGACGAUCAAUUUUUUAUUAAUUCUGAGACUGGUGACAUAUCACUGCUGUUGCCACUGGACUACGAAACAGUUUCCUCUUAUGCAUUACAAGUUCUGGCUAUUGAUGGAUCUGAUGAUAGCCUUCACGACAACAGAAUGAAUGACACAAUGACUGUCAAUGUGACUGUAACAGGGAUCAAUGAACAUACCCCUGUAUGCAGUCAACCUGUUUAUUCUGCCUACAUCAAUAGAACCAGUUUAAACGAAGUAUUCCGACUAAACUGCUUUGACAGUGACCUGGGGGUUGAUGGCUCACUCUCUUACAGUAUAGUAGAUGCUGGAGGUUAUUCAUCAUUAUUUGAUAUCACUAGUGUAGGAGCAGUAACCCUACCAGCAGUCAUAGCACCCAAUGCCUCCGUUACGGUGUAUGUACUAAUGAUAGCAAUAACUGAUGGAGGUCAGCCAUCAAGAUCAUCACAAAUUCAACUAAACCUAAUAUACUCUUUUGACAACUUUUACUCUCCAAUGUUCAACCAAACGUCAUAUUCAUUUAAUGUGUCCGAGUCUCAGUCAGUAGGCGAAGUGGUGUACAGCGGUAUACUGGCCACUGACUCUGAUCCUGGAGUACAAGGAGAGAUAGAGUAUUCUGUAAAUAACACUGACCUAUUCAGAGUCAAUCCCUCAACUGGUGAGGUGUUUAUAUCAGAGACUAUAGAUUGGGAGAGCAUUGGUGAUACUACCACUUUCAAUGUUAUUGCUAGUGACAAGGACCCCAGCAGUCCGCGUAGCAGUGCAGUACCAGUCAGUGUAUACAUAACGGAUUCUAAUGAUAACCCUCCCCACUGUGAUGCUUAUUACUACACUGUUCAAAUAGGCAGUAGCCUAGGAGUGGGAUCAACAGUAUUCAAUGUUAAUAAUGUCUGUGAUGAUAGGGACGGUCCCUCUCACUCUACCCUCUAUUACGAAAUGGAGUCUUCGCUAUACAGCAUUGGUUACACUACUGGUAUUAUUAGUGUCAAUGGUACACUAGUGGCAGGGUCUAGCACAACCCUUACUGUUACCAUCAGUGAUAAUGGUGGGCUCAGUGCUUCAGCACUAGCAGUCAGUGUACAGGUCCGGUUUGAUAAUGUCCUCCCUCCAGUCUUCAAUGAAGCUCAGUAUGUCUUUAAUGUGUCUGAAGGUGCUGGCCUACUCGAGUCCAUUGGUACCCUACAAGCUACUGAUGAGGACAGCAAUAGCAAUGAUUUGAGUUAUGCUUUACAAGGAGCUGAUAGUAGCUUGUUUUACAUUGACUCAACAUCUGGUGGCAUUAGACUCACAAGUCUGUUGGACUAUGAGGUGAGGAGCAGUUACACAUUCAGUGCUGUGGUAGAGGACUCUGGCAGUUAUAAUGGCAGCAAUGUACUAUCAGGAACAACACAAGUAACGGUUAAUGUAUUAAACAUCAAUGAUAAUCAACCAAUGCUAAACAACAAUGGGCUGUAUGGCACUACAGUUAACAAGACCACUGCAAUAGGAACAAGUAUAUUAAGUAUAGAAUGCAGUGAUGCUGAUCUAUCUCCUUAUAGCAGUCCUGUAUACAGUGAUACAAGUGGUUUUGAGGCCAUACCAUUUAACUUUAGCUCACUAAGUAAUGGGGCAGGAUCUGUUAUAGUCUCAGAAGAUUUAAGGACACUCUCUGGCUCCGUUUCUUACACUGUUAAUAUAACUUGUGCUGAUGCUGGAGGGAGAGAGACAGCUGGCCAGAUUUAUCUGUUUGUUCCAGAGCUAGGAGCACCAAUAUUCAACUCAACAUCAUACGAAUGGGAGGUAAGGGAAGAUGCCAGCACUAACACCAUGUUCACUGAGAUUUCAGCUGAGAGUCAAGACGACACUGAUUUAACUUAUUCAAUCACUGACGGUAAUAAUGACGGAGUCUUUUACAUAAACCCACUGACUGGUGUAGUAUCAUUAGCUACCAGCCUGGACUAUGAAGAGACUGUGUCUUAUGGACUAGUAGUCAAAGCAGUGGAUGAGAGCAACAGAGAAUCAAGCACUUUCUUACUAGUGACUGUUAUCAAUGUGAAUGAUGAAUCUCCAUUGGUAUCACCCACAGCAUACAUGACAGUAGAGCAGAACAGACCUAUUGGAUAUCCCAUUGGUACAAUAUCCUGCUCUGACUCUGACAGCAUUGAGAUAAUGUAUGCCUUUGCCUCCACAUAUACAGCAGGAACAUUCAAUAUCAGUGACAAUGGUAUAGUACAUGUAAGUGGGGCACUUGACGACACGCCAGUACACGUAAUACCUGUGCUAUGUUAUGAUGUAGCAGAGCCUGAUGACACUUCUAAAGGUAUUCUCACAAUUGAGACUGUAUUUGUUAAUCUUUACAAUCCGACAUUUGAAUUCAGUUCCUACCAAACUUCGCUACCAGAGAACACACCUCUCCAGUCACCAGUGACCACUGUACGUGCUACGGAUGAUGACAUUGGGACUAACGGUGAAAUAACAUACUCGAUAGUAGGAGGGAACCCAAACAAGUUUUACAUUGACUCUCAGAGUGGCGUGAUAAGUGUGCUAACAUCACUUGAUAGAGAGAGUGUGGAUAGUUACAGCAUCACAAUACAGGCAACUGAUGGAGGCAUUAGUGGCAAUGCUACUAAUAGUAAUAGUGCGAAUACAACGCUUAAUGUAACGGUCCUGGAUAUCAAUGAUAAUGCACCAAGACUGUCACAAUUGGCUUAUGUGCAAUUCAUAUACACUAACCACUCCCUUUUAUCAACUGUAUUACAGGUGGAGUGUAGCGAUGGGGACUUGAGUGAGAAUGGAACCAUCUCUUAUAGCAUCGAUCCAGCUCAUGAUAGUUUCUCUAUCAACAGUGAAGGGAGUGUAUUAUUAACUAGUGAACAAAUGGAACAAACUGUGCACAGUUUUAAUGUGUUGUGUACAGACAUGAGCACUGCUCCUCUCUCUUCUUCGGCUCUUGUCACCAUCGUAGUCAGUAAAGACCAAUUUGAAGCACCAACAUUCACUAAUAAUAGCUACUCAGUCUCUAUACCAGAGGAUCAGGGGAUGUUGGAGCCAUUCCUAACAGUUUCAGCCACUAGCAACGAGUCUGGAGUGAGUAUAGUGUACAGUAUUAGUAAUGGCAAUGAAGGGACUGCUUUCUUCAUCGAUCCAUCAAGUGGUAAUAUAUCAGUAAUAUCUACACUAGAUUAUCUACAGAAUAACUUGUACACACUGACAAUAAGAGCUAGUACAAGUGGUUUUGUACAAUAUUCAUCGUAUGCCACAGUUACCGUGUCUAUAACUGAUGUCAAUAAUAAUCAACCUUAUUUCAUACCAACGCCGUUUUACAUUGGAUCAGUAAAUGAGGCAGGUGGAAGCCUGGAGCCAGUUGUAAGGGUCAACUGCUCUGAUACCGAUCCAAGCAGCAUCUUAUCAUACUCACUGAUAUCAAGCACUCCUAGUAAUGGAGUCAACUAUUUCAACAUAACAUCUGAAGGUCAAGUUAUCACGACUGGUCCAUUAGACUAUGAGAGUGUUACAGUCUAUACGCUGACUGUUCACUGUAGUGAUGGUGGUUCGACCCCAGCGGAGGCCAUUGUACAGGUAUCGGUACUGCCAGUCAAUGAGUUUAAGCCAGUAUUUGAAAUGAGCUCCUAUUCAUUCAGUAUCAGUGAGUCAGAGUCCGUAGGCUCUACCAUUGGUAAUGUAUCUGCCACUGAUGCUGAUGGAGGAACUGACGGACAGAUAUCUUAUAUUCUAGUUGAUCCUGAUAAUUCUUCGGCUAUUUUUGUAGAUCCAUCCACAGGGUCUUUGAUAGUAUCCAGUACACUUGAUUACGAGACUACUUCUUUUUACAAUCUCUCUAUCAUAGGGAGAGACUAUGCUGGAUCUGAGACAUAUGUACCAGUUGAAAUAACAAUCACAAAUGUACAAGAUGUUGAUCCAGUCCUCUUACCGUCGGUCAGCGUGUACAGCGGUCGAGUGGUCACCAAUAGCCCUCCCGGUCUAUUUAUAGAAUCAUAUACUUGCACAGAUCAAGAUGGAGGCAGUACUAGCAUUAGCAUUGAGAGUGGUAACGGAUUGGGGUACUUCAGAUUAAAUCAAUUCAAUCAUAUCGUGUGGAAUGAUAGCAUCAGUUUAACAUCAGAUCAAGUUGUAUCACUAAGCAUUGAAUGCACUGAUGAAUCUAAUGCUAGAGAUACUGCAUCAUUUGCUGCUGUAGUGGGCCCUCCUGGUAAAGCUCCUCCUCAAUUCAGCAUGUCCGUAUACACAGAGUCAAUAUUAGAGAAUGCUACCAGUGGUACUGAAGUACUUAGUGUAUCAGCCACUCCAGCUAAUCCUAACAAUACAGUGCAAUAUAGUGUAGUUGGUAUUACACUAGCUUCAUUCCCAUUCCAACUAGACCCAGUAUCAGGUGUACUUAGUGUCAAUGCAACACUAAACUAUGAAGACAUACAGUUGUACUCAUUCCCAAUACAAGCAAGAGAUGUCAAUGACAGCACAGUGGCAUUAGCCAUCAUAGAAGUGACCAUUAAUAACAUCAAUGACAAUCCUCCACUACUCCUCCCCGAGUCUCUCUCCCUCACUUUACCGGAGAACUCUCCUACCAGUACCUCAAUCGGUAAAUUCUCUUGUACUGAUGAAGAUGAUGAAGACUCCAUUACUUAUUACAUCGAGACUGAGAAUCCCACGUCAAUAUUCUCCAUAUCGUCCAGUGGAUAUUUGUCCCUUCAGUCUUCAUUGGAUUACGAAACUGUACAGAGUCAUAAUAUAACAGUGGUAUGCAGUGAUCAAGGGUCACCUUCGCUUACUGAUUCAUCCAUUGUACUCAUAACUGUAUCCCCAAUCAAUGAGCACAGACCAAUGUUUGAUAGUAGCACCUAUAACUUUAGCGUUAGCGAAAAGGCGCCACUGUCUCAGGUCAUUGGCUUCGUUUCCGCCAGCGACGAGGACGACGGUAACAACGGAGAGUUCUAUUACACAAACUAUGGCGGAAGUGGUGACUCCUAUUUUCUUGUUGGAUUCGACUCCGGGAACAUCUCAGUCACAAACUUUCUCAAUGCUUCAGAAUCAGAUGAACUAACAUUAGCUGUGGCAGCCAUUGAUUAUGGUCCUCCUUCUCCUCUCCUAUCAGUAGCGACAGUAGUCCUGAGUAUUGAGGAUAUCAACGAGAGUCCUUACUUUGGAGCAAUCAGUUACAUAGUCUCGACAAGGACAGAUAUAACUGGAGCUGGUGACACUCUAACAACAGUGCAGUGCUUUGAUUAUGAUGUUGGAAGUAACGCAAGAGUAUCUCUGUCCAUAGCAUCAGUAACUUCAGGUAUCAGUGUCUCACUCAGUAAUACUGGAAGUGGUGAUGGAUCGGUUUCUUCUUCACUUGUAACAGUCGCUUCUCUAAUUCCUGGUAGUCACGAGAUUAUAGUACAGUGCAGUGACUCUGGUGUGCCACAGCUAGCAAGAAAUGUAAGUGUCGUCCUAGUAGUGCAAGGGGCAAAUGGAGGGCCUGUGUUUGACUCUGCAGUAUAUGGUCUAUCAAUAAAUGAAGACAUAGAGAUCAAUUCUCAAUUGCUGAAUAUCACUGCUACUGAUCCUGAGGGAGAUGAUAUAGUUUAUACACUAACUGGAGGAACAGGACUUGGUACUUUUGGUAUAGAUCCAAGUACUGGCAUACUGAGGCUACUAUUGAAGCUGGAUUAUGAGACAACCUCUUUCUAUCUAUUGACAGUGACUGCUAGUGAUACUGACUCAUUGAAUCCAAUGUCAGCCAAUGUAACGGUCUCUAUUGUCAUUGCAAACGUGAACGAUCAUCCGCCAGUAUUAUCACCAUCCACUUACACCACAACACAAAUGGAAGGAAACCACACCAGUCUUAGCAUACAAUCGUACACUUGUACAGAUGCUGACGGAGGAACCACUUCCCUCUCUGUCUCUCCAGCUCCUCCUUUUGCCAUAAACAGCAACGGAGAUGUGACAUUCUCUGGUAUAAUAGACUAUGAAGAAGCUACAGUUCUUAGUGCUACAGUAACUUGCACUGAUAGUUCGGUUGCUGGAGCAGACAGCCCUCUGAGUACAACAGGGACAAUAUCAAUAAGUGUAAUACCUGUCAACUUCCAUGAUCCAGUCAUAACUUCUCCACUUGCUUUCAAUGUCUCUGAAGGCUCUAGUGUUGGUGAUGUAAUAGCAACCAUUACAGCAUAUGAUCCUGAUAUGAGAGGCAGUAUAACAUACCAGACAUCCUCUCAUUCGUCCCUAGCUACACUAAAUGCUAAUACUGGCCAACUGGCGCUAGCCAGUACUUUGGAUAGGGAAACUACGAGUGAGUAUGAUUUUGAAAUCACAGUCUCAGAUAAUGACAAUAUUCAAGGAUUAACUCCAAAGACCACAUCAGCUACCAUUACACUGAUAGUAACGGAUAUCAAUGACCACUCACCAUCUUGCGAUGUUACAUUACAGACAGUAACGAUACUAGCCAACACUUAUAACCAAUCCUUAUCACUGUUCAAUGCUUCUUGUACUGACAGUGACAUUGGAGUGAAUGCUGUGCUGAGAUACACAGUAGAUCAGAGCACACUCCCAACUGAGGGUACCUUCUAUCUUAAUGAGACGACUGGCUCCUUCUCUAUGAAUGGAACUAUCAGUAAAUCAAGUACUGGUAGCAUUGUUGCUAUAAGCGUCUCUGAUUUAGGAACUAAUCCGGUCUCUAACCCGGUACUGAUUCAAUUGAUUUUUAACGUGUUUACUGGCAAUGAGCCGCGAUUUGAGCCCAACUAUUUCAAUGUGACAAUAGCAGAGAACUACCCCAGCACCAUACCUGUGCUUAAUGGCAGUGUCCUGAUGAGCUCUCUCCUCAAUAUAGAGGACAGCUCUGUGUCGUUUAGAUUCAUUACUAAUACCACUGACUUCAUCAUUGACUCAAGCACUGGUGAUGUAUUCCUAUUAGCCACUAGUCAGUUGGAUUAUGAUGAGGGAGAGACCAGGUAUUCAUUAGGAAUACAAGCAUCAGUCAAUACAGAUGUAACCGAGGCCAUUCUUGAGGUAUUUCUAUCUGACUAUAAUGACAACCCACCUGUAUUUUCAAGCCAGCUUUACAAUGGAUCGGUAAAAGAGAACCUGUCACCUGGUCAAACGGUACUAACUGUGUCAGCUACUGACAUUGAUUCUGCUGAUAAUGCAAUCGUCAGGUACAGUAUAUUAUACGGGAGCACUGAUUUCUCUAUUGAUCAAAUCAGCGGAGUGAUCAAAACGUUGAAACAGUUUGAUCGAGAGGUCAUCCCGUCUUACUCGUUGUUUGUGAAAGCAGCUGAUCUUGGCCAACCCCCUCUCUCUAGCACCGUAACGGUUACCAUUUACAUUGGAGACGAAAACGACAGCCCACCUUCGUUCCAAAACUCGCUCUAUAAUCUACUGAUCAGUGAUUUAGCUCAACCUGGCGAUAUCAUUACCACGUUUAGCGUGACUGAUCCUGAUAUCACCGGUAGCAUCAAUUAUGCCAUAGUAGCAGCAGAUGCUGCUCUAUUGGAGUUCAUACAAUUGAAUCCUUUUACCGGUGAGUUGUCUCUCAAAGCUCCAAUACCUUCAGAUCAUCUCCUACUCUAUGAAUUCAAAGUCACAGCCAAUGAUCAGAUACACACAGUAGAGACAGAUGUUGUUCUACAGGUAGCAACACUGAGUCAGACGAGCAUCAGCUUAGAGGAGAAUGUAUUAGAUCAAACUUAUAAUGUAUUUAGCUUCCUGCAGCUAAGUGCCAACUUGAGUUCCAAUACUGUCUAUGAUAUCAUUGAUGGGGAUCCACUGGAACAAUUUGACAUAAGUGAGACUGGGAUAUUGUCAAAUAUAGAGUUCCUUGAUAGAGAGAAUAUAUCCCAUUACCAGCUCCUGAUAUCAGCAAUUGAUAAUACAACCAAUGAAAAUAGCAUAUUAGCAUUGAGCAUUGAUGUAGCAGAUAAGAAUGACAAUGCACCAAUGUUUAAUUCCAGUAGUUACAGCAUCACCAUACAAGAAGGACACUAUUCCGUGCCAACUGUUAUUGGGUUAGUAUAUGCUUCUGAUGCAGAUCAACCAAACACUGAGAAUUCACGUAUCACUUACAAAUUAUUAGCAAUACAACCACCUCUUAGUGAUACUACUGAAAUGAUCUUGCACGAAGUGACUGGUGAAUUAAAAGUCAGAGGAACUCUUGACCGAGAGACAUCAGAGACAUAUGAAAUGGUAAUACAAGCUGAAGACCACGGUGAACCACAGCCACUGAUUGCUUAUACAUCUUUAAAAAUGACACUAACUGACGUUAACGAUAAUGUCCCUCGUUUUGCAACCCCAGACGUAGCUUCAUUCAUAGUAUACUAUGCAGCUGGAGUUCCCAUUGGUACUGAGCCAGAGAACAUACUCUCAAUACGUCCCAUUGUACAGCUAGACCCAGUGAGUUCUGACAGUUUCAGAUUCUCAGAUGCCGAUAGUUCUGAUGUAGCCACAGCAUCACUAGAAGGCGCUGUUAACAUGAGCCUAGUGUCAAACUCCAGUCCAGCACGACUAGCAUCCACUGGAGAUAUAUCCACAAUGCUCAAUGGUAGUGUGUUCCAUAUUAUUAUCACUGAUGGGCUGUAUGUAGUUAAUAAAAGUGUCACAGUCAUGAUUAUACAGCCGACCCCCACAUCAUCUGUAUACACGUCCACUGCUAUUGAGAGCACAAUGGUCAUAUCUACUACUGCAACGUCUGUUAGCUUAUCUGUUACUCCUAGCUCCAGUAAUGUAGACUUUAUUAGUAGUCCUCUUGGGAUUGCUACAAUCAUUGUUGGAACGGUAUUCUUCUUUGCAAUCAUCCUCGCAAUAUUCUGCAUCUGUUGCUUCUGUUAUCAGUACUUCCAAAAGAAAAAGGACAACGAAAAAAGACGAACAACGAGUGUUUUCAAAAGAGUAGAAGUAGAAGGUAGACCAGCAAGGAAGAUUGAAGAGGCAGAUCUGCACAAGAAUCCAUCAUACCAGUACCAUGAGUUUGACCAAUUGGAUUAUCCUCAUUAUGUACCACAUGAUCCAAGCUUGGGACAGAUGUAUGGCGAAUACAAUGAGGUAGAAACAGAUUUUGGACAAAGUAUGAAUGGAUCACUACCACCAAUGUACCCAUACCCUAUGCCAUAUCCUGGCUACCCUAUGCAGUCUUAUCCUCAGUCCUAUGGCGGAUUCACUCCUGGUACAAGUAUGUCCGAAGUGAAGCCUUUCUCAAGCGAAGAGAGUGGAGAGGAAGAUACCUCAAAUGAAGAUAGAAUGAAGUACAGAAUGGGGCCGAUACUCGGCAGUGUUGUUGAGGACUUCCGGCGCGGGGACGAGGUACUACAGAAAGACGACGUACGCAAAUCAAAAAGUAGUCUAUUGAACUUGACCGGCAAGUCCAGGUCCAAGAAAUAAUUAAUAACUCACACAUGCAUACAGCAACCAUCAUCAAAGCAGCAACGAGAACAUUAAUAUUUUUUGAUUAUUAUUAUUACUAUUUUUAUUUUUAUCAUAUUUAAUUAUUAUGAUUAGUCAUAGGCUAUUUCGUGUACUUCUUAAUAUUGUUUUUGUUAUUUUGCUAUAAAAAUAUUUUAAAAGAA